UGUCGUGUCGACAGAUUUCCAGUCUACUUUCAAAUUUUAAACUUCCAACAUUUUAGUCUGUAUAUUUUCGAAUUAGACUACGAUUGAUCGGAAUAAAAAUGCAAACCAGUAAGUUUUCGCAAACCGUUAGUAAUCCGCUAACUUCGGUGGGAGUGGGCGUGGCAGUGGGGCUUGCCGCCUGCGGCAUUGUGGCUCAAAUCUUUAGAUCGCCCACCGCCUCAAAUCGAAUCGGUCGGCUGUGGUUGCGCAUGGGAAAUUUGGGAACCAGACGCUUUUACUGCGGCGGCUUUCAGGAGCGAAUGACACCCCGCGAAGCGGCACAAAUUCUGGGCACCAGUCUCAGCGCCCCAUGGACCGAAAUGCGAGCGGCUCACCGACGGGUCAUUUUGGCCAAUCAUCCGGAUCGCAAUGGGUCACCAUAUCUGGCUGCUAAAAUCAACGAGGCCAAGCAUGUGCUUCUGGACCGAAGGAAUCGAACCAGAACAAAAUAACAAAAUUAUAAAUGUUUAAAACCAAAUACCCCGAAUCUAUUGCAGCUAAGCAAAAUGAGAUUGCAAGUGUAUCACGCAUUGUAAAUUAUUAAACUGAUAGUAUUAUUUGCACCA